CGCGUUGCUGCCGUGUGAGGAGGAGCCAUGGAGGGGAAGCCGUUGCCGCAGCAGCAGCCGCCUCACACGCCGCCUCCCGCGCCUCGCCCCGGCUCUCCCCGGCUGAAAGCGGGAGGAGGAGCCGCCGCCGCCGCCGCCGCGGCAGCAUCAUCAUCUGGGGGCGCUGAAGAAGCGCCUCGUUCGCCGGCGAGUGACGGGGCUGCUCCCGGCGGCGCCUUGUCACCGGAGCCGGCCCCCGCCUUGGCGGCCGGCGACGGGCUCUGCAGACCGCUGGGUCCCACGCCGAGCCAGAGCCGCUUCCAGGUGGACCUGGUGGCGGAGAGCUCCGGGCGAGCGGCCUCCGCCGGCGAGGAGGCGGGGACGGCGGCGGAGUCGCCCCCGAAGCCCCCCGGGGACGGCUCCGGGAAAGGCAGCGAAGAAGCCAAAGGCCGGUUCCGGGUGAACUUCGUGGACCCCUCGGCCGGGGACGAGAGCUCCGGCGAGCUGGGCGGCGGCGAGGUGUUCGGCGUCAGCUUCCAGAACGGCGGCGACACGGUGCUGAGCGAGGGGAGCCUCCACUCCGGGGGAGGCGGCUCGGGAGGGCACCAUCACUACUACUACGACACCCACACCAACACCUACUACCUGCGCACCUUCGGCCACAACACCAUCGACGCGGUGCCGAGGAUCGACUAUUACCGACAUACGGCUUCUGGCCUGGGGGAGAAGCUCAUCCGGCCCAGCCUGGCUGAGCUCCACGAUGAGCUGGACAAGGAACCUUUUGAAGAUGGAUAUGCAAAUGGAGAAGAAGGAACUCCUACUGGCGAGGCCACUGCUGCUUAUGCUGCUGAUAGUAAAGGCGUUGUUAAAUUUGGCUGGAUCAAAGGUGUAUUGGUACGAUGCAUGCUGAAUAUAUGGGGUGUGAUGCUCUUUAUAAGACUGUCCUGGAUUGUAGGACAUGCUGGGAUAGGACUCUCAGUGUUAGUCAUUGCAAUGGCCACUGUAGUAACCACUAUCACAGGCUUGUCUACAUCAGCAAUAGCUACCAAUGGCUUUGUGAGAGGAGGAGGAGCAUAUUAUUUGAUUUCCAGAAGCUUGGGUCCAGAAUUUGGUGGUGCAAUUGGCUUGAUUUUUGCAUUUGCUAAUGCAGUUGCUGUAGCUAUGUAUGUUGUUGGCUUUGCAGAGACAGUUGUAGAACUGCUUAAGGAACAUGGUGCAGUUAUGGUGGAUGAUGCAAAUGACAUCAGAAUUAUAGGAGCCAUAACAAUUGUUGUUUUGUUGGGCAUCUCUGUAGCAGGAAUGGAAUGGGAAGCUAAAGCACAGAUUGUUCUGCUGGUGAUUCUGUUACUAGCUAUUGCUGAUUUUGUCAUAGGAUCAUUUAUUCCAUUUGAGAGCAAGAAGCCCAGAGGCUUCUUUGGCUACAAAGCUGAAAUAUUUUCAGAGAAUUUUGGACCAGAUUUCCGAGACGGGGAAACUUUUUUUUCAGUAUUUGCUAUAUUUUUCCCAGCUGCAACAGGAAUUUUGGCUGGUGCCAAUAUCUCAGGUGAUCUUGCGGAUCCCCAAUCAGCCAUACCUAAAGGGACACUGUUGGCCAUCUUAAUUACUACUGUGGUUUACAUAGGAGUUGCUGUAUCUUUAGGUUCUUGUGUUGUGCGGGAUGCAACUGGGAGCAUCAAUGAUACAAUUAUCCAUGAGCUAACAAAUUGCACUACUGCAGCUUGCAAGCUGAAGUUUGACUUCUCUUCCUGUAAAAAGACAGGGUGCCCGUAUGGGCUAAUGAAAGACUUCCAGGUAAUGAGUAUGGUGUCAGGAUUUGCACCUUUGAUUUCAGCUGGUAUCUUUUCUGCCACCCUUUCUUCUGCAUUAGCAUCUCUUGUCAGCGCACCUAAAAUUUUCCAGGCUCUGUGUAAAGACAAUAUUUACCCAGGAUUCUCGAUGUUUGCUAAGGGCUAUGGGAAGAAUAAUGAACCUUUACGAGGAUAUCUUUUGACCUUCUUGAUUGGGCUUGGAUUCAUAUUAAUUGCUAAAUUGAAUCUCAUUGCUCCAAUUAUCUCCAACUUCUUCCUGGCUUCUUAUGCCUUAAUUAACUUCUCAGUGUUCCAUGCUUCACUUGCAAAAUCCCCAGGUUGGCGUCCUGCUUUUAAAUACUACAACAUGUGGGUGUCCCUGGUUGGCGCAAUACUUUGCUGUAUAGUGAUGUUUGUCAUUAACUGGUGGGCAGCACUUCUCACAUAUGUCAUCGUUCUAGGACUCUACAUUUAUGUAACUUACAAGAAGCCAGAUGUAAAUUGGGGAUCUUCAACUCAAGCCUUGACUUAUCUAAAUGCACUGCAGCAUGCUGUUCGCCUUACAGGUGUGGAAGACCAUGUGAAAAACUUCAGGCCCCAAUGUCUCGUCAUGAGUGGUCCUCCGAACUCGCGUCCUGCAUUGCUUCACCUAGUACAUGCCUUCACCAAAAAUGUAGGAUUAAUGAUCUGUGGUCACGUACAUAUGGGUCCUCGCAGGCAAGCCAUGAAAGAAUUGACUAAUGACAUGCCCAGAUUCCAGCGGUGGCUUAUUAAAAACAAAAUGAAAGCCUUCUAUGCUCCAGUACAUGCAGAAGAUUUGAGAGAUGGUGCACAAUACUUAAUGCAGGCUGCAGGUUUGGGGCGAAUGAAGCCAAACACUCUUGUUAUUGGAUUUAAAAAAGAUUGGCAGUUUGCUGACAUGAGGGAUGUUGAUACCUACAUCAACUUACUACAUGAUGCCUUUGAUGUUCAGUAUGGAGUGGUUGUUAUCCGGAUGAGGGAAGGUCUGGAUAUUUCUCAUCUUCAGGGGCAAGAAGAAUUACUGUCAUCACAAGAGAAAUCUCCUGUAACCAAAGAUAUUAUAGUAAAUGUGGACUACAGCAAGAAGCCAGAGACAGUCACUUCUAUGCCCGUGAGUGAAAAAGCUCCUAUUCAGAAAGAAGAUGAAGAUGAUGUCAAGAAUCCAACACAGCCACUUUUGAAAAAAGGCCCAUCUGCUCCUCUGAACAUGGCUGAUCAAAGGCUCCUCGAUGCAAGUUCUCAAUUUCAGAAAAAACAAGGCAAAAACAAUAUCGAUGUCUGGUGGCUUUUUGAUGAUGGGGGAUUGACAUUAUUGAUUCCAUAUCUUCUGACAACCAAGAAAAAGUGGAAAGACUGUAAGAUCAGGGUGUUCAUUGGUGGGAAAAUAAACAGAAUAGAUCAUGACAGAAGAGCGAUGGCUACGUUGCUGAGCAAAUUUCGAAUAGAUUUCUCAGAUAUCAUGGUCCUUGGGGAUAUUAAUACAAAGCCAAAGAAAGAAAACGUUGCAGCUUUUGACGAAAUGAUUGAGCCAUUCAGACUUCAUGAAGAAGAUAAAGAACAAGACAUUGCAGAUAAAAUGAAAGAAGAUGAACCUUGGAGAAUCACAGACAAUGAAAUUGAGCUGUACAAAACCAAGAGUCACCGCCAGAUUCGGCUAAAUGAAUUACUGAAAGAGCAUUCAAGCACAGCUAAUCUAAUUGUUAUGAGUUUGCCAGUGGCACGAAAAAGCGCAGUAUCAAGUGCACUGUACAUGGCUUGGAUAGAAGCUCUUUCAAAGGAUCUGCCACCAAUUCUCCUUGUUCGUGGGAAUCAUCAGAGCGUUCUUACUUUCUAUUCCUAAACACUACUGCACAACGUACAGCUGCAAAGAUAAUGGUACUUCAGUGCCUAAAGGAGAGAGACUG